GAGUAGUUAUUAUUUGGAAGAUGUUAGUUGAUUUUUAGGCUGGGUUUUAAGUGACAAAGUGCAGAUUUUUAGGCUGGGUUUUGGGCCUCGCAACACCUUGGAAUGAUGGCCCAGUAAAGGUGUAUUGUAAAGUGUAAUGUUCUUUGCGAAACGACGCCGUUAAUAAUACUGGGCCAAUAGAGACACAUGAUGCUAUGAGUUGGGUCGGCCCAUUAAAGCCCAAUCAUAAACACCAAUUCGGCCCACCGAGUCCCCAAAUCGAAGGCUAUUUAUGCCAUUUCGUUGCGCGUAAAACCGCGUCACGCAAGUGCACACAAUGCGCGCCAUCAAAACUUUCAGAAUUCAGAUUCUUCUCACAUUUUGAAAAGCAGCUGCGACACCGUCUCAACCUGUUCCGAGUCCUGAAGAAUCUGAACCGAAGCUCUCCGCUCUCGUUUAUGAUAUGUCACAACACAUCCAGAUUGCAGUGGACAAACAUGAGCAAGAUGAUAAAUGAAACUGAGCAAAAUUCAGCCGGAAUAAUGGAAGAGAUAGGGAAGUGCAAAGACUCUGCUCUUGAAAGGAAGAAGGACUUGGAGGAGAAGAAGGAAAGAUUUCAGAAAGCUGCUUACACAGUUCUAGACAUGCUUAGCCGCAGAGACUAAAAACUGAUACAAAAAUGUUUGUUCACUUGACUGUGUAGAAGGUGUGGGCGUGUGGCUACUCCAUGGAGGUUCCUGUGCUGCUGUGUCAUCGACAUUGUCGACAUUCGGUGAGAUACUUUCUUUUCUGAAACUUUUUUUAUUAUGGGUCGUUCUUUGGAUCCGGUGUGUUCCACCUUAAACAGACUUCAAAUAACCAAAUAUGAUAAUUACUGUAUCUAGAGGAUGUGUUAGUUUAACAAUCUAGAACAGGCAAUUUCCUGUUCAUUUUAAGAUAAUUCAUUUAACGCCA